AUGUCUGUCUGUCUGUCUCUCUCCCUCUGCUCUGUCCCUCUUGCAUGUGGCUUCGACGGGUGCCGCGGGCCAGGGACUCAAGGGGCAACCUGGAGAGAAGGUGAGUCGGCCCUGCGGGUGGGCGGGAAGGGCGGCGCUGCCGGCCCCCAGGGACACCCCGGACCACCAGGACAAAAAGGAGAGAAGGGCCAGUGCACCGAGUACCCGCACAGGGAAUACCUAAGUACCACGCUCGCGGCCCUGCGCUCUAACCACAUCCUCACGUUGAAGCUGCUGCCUCUCCUCAAUUCGGUGCGGCUGGCUCCUCCUCCGGUCAUAAAGAGACGCACUUUCCAGGGCGAACAAGGACAAGCGGGAAUACAAGGUCCUCCGGGACCUCCUGGCCCGCCAGGGCCCGCCGGACCCGAGGGCGCCCCAGGACAGCCCGGGCCACCUGGCAGGACGGGCGAAGCCGGGAAGCCUGGCAGAGACGGAGAGGGCUUGCCCGGGCCUCCCGGAGCGAAGGGCGCUGCCGGCGUGGCUGCUGCAGGUGUGAAGGGCGAGCCGGGGACUCCAGGAGAAAAGGGAGAGCCUGGAGUCCCCGGGAGGAUGGGCCCCCCAGGUUUGCCGGGGAAGAGGGGGCAGCGGGGGGAACCGGGAGCACCUGGAGAGCGGGGACCCGCAGGUCCACGGGGCCCCAAAGGAGAGCCUGGGAAGGAUGAAAUGAUGGACUAUGAUGGCAACAUCAGCGAAGCUCUGCAGGAAAUACGAACUUUGGCCCUGAUGGGACCCCCAGGACUCCCAGGUGUGGCUGGGCCUCCAGGGCCACCAGGACAGAAGGGUGAAAUUGGUUUGCCGGGUCUUCCAGGCCACGAUGGAGAGAAGGGACCACGAGGCAAGCCAGGAGAAACGGGCCCCCCUGGCCCCCAUGGGCUGCCAGGACGGGAUGGACCACCCGGAAUGAAGGGAGAACCAGGACAUGUUGGAGAAAAGGGGGAGAGAGGAGAGCCGGGACAAACCGGCUUACCGGGUCUCGAUGGCCCAGCUGGAGAGAAGGGAGAACGAGGUGACCAAGGGAUGCCAGGACCGUCAGGAUUGCCAGGUCCCUCUGGACUUCCAGGACUGACAGGAGAAAAGGGAGAAGCCGGGCAGCGUGGCGAGAAAGGAUAUCCUGGAGAAUCGAUACCAGGCCCCCCUGGACCUCAAGGCCCACCAGGACCUCCAGGUCUCCAGGGCUUUCCAGGACCGAAGGGGGAAGUGGGGAUCGACGGAGCGAAAGGCGAGAAGGGUGCUCAGGGUGAAAAAGGAGACAGAGGGCCACUGGGAUUACCCGGUGCCUCGGGUUUGGACGGCAGGCCCGGACCGCCGGGUACUCCGGGACCAAUUGGGGUUUCGGGGCCAGCAGGACCAAAAGGGGAAAGGGGCAGUAAAGGAGACCCUGGAGUUGUAGGACCAAUGGGACCAGCGGGGCUUCCUGGUUUACAAGGUCUACCUGGUGACAAAGGAACCCGGGGGGAGAGGGGCAAGAAAGGCUCUAGAGGGUCUAAAGGGGAUAAGGGAGACCAAGGAGCGCCUGGAUUAGAUGCACCCUGCCCAUUGGGAGAAGACGGCCUGCCCGUUCAAGGCUGCUGGAAUAAGUGAUGGUUCUAACCCUGGACUGGCCUGUGUGUGUUACUGUACAUAGAAUAUUUAUUUUUAUACGGUGUUCUUCUCCAAAGUGCCAUAAGUUACGUAUUUUUACAAAUUAUCGAAA